AUGAGUGCAUCAGCUCCUCGUGUAGGCAUUCUCGGGGCGGCUAAUAUUGCCUGGCGCGCCUGGGCCGGUGUUCACGCGAACGGCAUGUCUGUCACUUGCGUCGGGUGCCGCGAUGUCGAUAGAGGGCAUAGCUUUGUGAAGCGAGUGUGCGAUGCGCUCAAGGUCGAUGAGGCGGCCGUGCCGGCGGUUUGCAGCUACGAGGAGCUUGUGUCUGCUGCGGACGUGGAUGUCGUUUACAUUGCCAUUCCCGUGAACGCCCGUAACCACUGGGUGAGGGAGUGUAUUAAGCACAAGAAGCACGUGGUUGGUGAGAAGCCGCCAGCCACCGAUGCUGAGAUGCUGCGCUCAUGGAUCGAGGCGCUGGACCAGCAGAAUCUGCUUUACAUGGAUGGCACAAUGCUCUCGCACGGCAAGCGGGUGAAGGAGGUGUGCGCGACAGUGAAGCAGAUGGGCGGGCCGGUGAAGCACAUCUUCGCGAACUUCACACUGAGUGGUGACGAGGCCUUCCUGGCGAACGAUAUUCGUACUAAUCCAGAGCUGGAGCCUCACGGCGCCCUCGGUGAUCUUGGUUGGUACUGCAUCCGCUACGCGCUGCACAUCAUGGACUUCCAGAUGCCGACAGAGGUGACGGGCCGCAUUCUCAAGCAGAACGACAAGGGGACCAUCAUCUCCUUCAUUGGUGACAUGAUAUUCGAGGUGGGGGGCGAGGUGGCACUCGCGUCUUUCUUCGUUUCCUUCGAAGCGGCCUUUGAGCAGACUCUGCACAUCACCACGACAGAGGGAACGCUGCAGCUGGACGACAUGUGUCUGCCCAUGACAAACCGCCCCGAAACGGAGUACUACGAGGUGCACAACAGUAGCCACGACAACGUGUGCGAGUUGCACAACCUUCACACCGAGGUGAAGCACACGGUAAAGGGCGACACACCCAAUUCGCAGUGCACGGAGCUGUGGGGUGACGUAGCAAGGAUCCUCUACGCAGACGGCGAGGGCGACGCGCGGCGGUUCAAGGCGGAGGAGGAGAGUUCGCGUUACUGGGCGACGGUGUCGUGGAAGACGCAGGCCGUGAUGGACAAGAUGCUUGAGUCUGCCCUUAUCGGUCGCAACGAUGGAUCUACUGCGUAA